AUGGACCUAGAUCAUAAAGGGCCGCCACCUGCCUUCUAUGAUAGCAGCUCACCACACCAGGCGGAGUCGUCUCCUCCAGAUUAUGAAACUCUUGUUUCCCGUACUCCUUUUCCCCUGAGCCAAACACCCAGCACCCUUGGUCCGGCAGCACCCACAAUCCUCACCAUCGAUGGCAAGUACAUUUUCUCGUCCAAGUGUCCUGACCGCCCACUCUAUAGUCUCUCUCAUGAGCUGGACGGUCAUGAACUAGGGACUGGCAUACUGGUAACGCGACUAGGAAAGAAGAAGCGGGACCUUGAUAGUAUAUCUCAGAGAUAUCAAAUCCCUGGGAGUGAUGUCUCCAGGCAGGAUGUAUUUGCUCUCCUGAAAACAGCACAACUUUUUUCCUCCAAUGGGGGGUUGCUCAUAGAUGGACGGAAAUGCCCUUCCGACAAACUUGGAAAAAUGAGCAAGUGCAUGACAAGAUACGGUUUCGGAUGGACAGCUCGUGGAGACGGCUUGCCUUUCUUGGAAGCUCGGCCAACUCUCUUUGCGGAGAAAAAGCAACAAAGUGACCCGGAUGCUAGUGGAGAGGCCAAUGGGCGAUAUUAUGAAUGGAGACUAAAAGACAAGGUAAUAAGGCUGAAAGACAAAGCAGAGGACAGAGAGGAGACGCUCCUUGCGAUCGAGACCAGAAGACGCUGGGACACUGAGAAUAAAGUGGAAAUUACUAAACCAACACUGGAGCUAAAAACAGAUGUUGAUGCUCUGGAGUUGCAGGUCCUCGAUUUUUUCGUUGCUGCGUGGUGCAUGCACAAUUGGCGGGAAGCAAGAGACAUCACAAAGGAGUCUUUGACAUGGAACGAGUUUAUUGUGGCGGACGUAAAGCUUGCGAAAACAGAAUUUUCUGCCACCCCCUGA